CCCCAACAGCUAGGGCCCACGGUAUCCAGUCGAGAAUGUCGAUACCUAAGGAUUUCAGAGCCGAGCAGGCGCAAAACCUACAAGACAUCGAAAAGCAAUUUGCUGUAAAGGCGGUCAUCCACGCCCAAACCUAUUGGUCAAUCCUUGAGCGGCGCGCAGGAACCGAUCUACGCCUUACACGCAUGGACCAGGAGAUAUACGAUCACUUUUUCGAGACGUUCCCGGACUUUGAUCCCAAGAAGCCGCUCAGUGAGGACGAGAUGAAGGGUAAAGCUGGGAAAGAGAAGUGGAGAAACUUUUUGAUGAAGUAUGAGAGGAGGGUUGGGGAUUACAACUUUGGCACGCUACUAAGAACGGAUGCGAAGGUAGAGUAUGAGAAAGAUACCACUAUUUUCGUUCCUCGGAUGCAGUUCUACGCGAUUGAGAUUGCACGCAAUCGUAGCGGCUUGAACGACUGGAUAAAAAAGGCCUACGACAAAGAGGGGGAAGCGAAGGAGACGAAAGCAGUUAAGGAGAAUACUAUCUAGGAGGCAUAGUGAUAGUUGUUGAUUCUCUGAUUCCUUGGUAUGGCGGCGGAAAGUCAGAUAAAGGUUUUAUUAUUCUUUGUGGAUCGGUACUAGUGCCAAGGUUGUGGCUCAAUACAAUUUUCUUGGGGCUCAACAUCACUUGUUUGUGGCUUAAAUAUAACUUUGUUGUAGCUUAGUAUAACUUAGUGUAGUAUGUAUGAGACAAGAUAUUCUAAUCUACACUUACUUUUCUCA